GGGCACGUGAUAUUACAUAGUAUUUUACAGAUAGCCAAUGCAGGAACAAGCUUUCGUAGCUGAUUUCCUUGGGCUUUGGCAUUCUCCCUGGAAACGAAACCAUAUUUUAAGAUAGGUGCGUUGCUCUAUCAGCGGCGUCCAAAGCGCCGCCAGCAUCGGCACGCGCCGUUUCGCCUAAACUACCCCUCCAUAUAUUCCACAAUGCUAUUCUACACCUUAUGGCGCGCUCGCCCUCUCUCCAUUCAACCGCGGACGACAUAUCCAAGCCUGGUAUAGCCAUGGAACAACCAUAAACCAAACUGGAAUAAUUCUGCAGUCCCCCGCCCCCGCCGGACCUUGACGCACGACGACCGGUGGAGGCGGCACGGCACUUCGCAUCCCCACGAUCGGCAGGCUAAUACCAAGCCCCGGCACAGGAACCUUAAGCUUGUUUCGUGGAUCGGGGAUGUUCCGUGGUGAUUUGCCUCACUUAUAUUAAGUCCUCGCCGCGCGCCAUUGGUGGAAUUUGAGGGAUUGAAACUUUGGGGACUUGAUGAUGGCGGUCUACUAUAGAUGCUGGGGAGAGGAGGCCUUUACCCCACAACAGGGUUGUGGUAAAUGAUGCGUUUAUAUUAAAAACACGUUGUUAUGGGUGAGCUGGGGAAAGGGCCGGUCGUCUGAUGGAGUGUUGGGCUGGAAGUCUUGUGCUCUGUGCUCUGCACAGUGAGUCCGGAGAGCUUAUAAUAAGGACCCCCCCUCGCCGUCGAUGAGCUCUCUCUCUCUCCCAUCUCACCACCAGCCUUUCUCUCCACCAUUCCAAACCCGCAACUUUACAACAUGAAGCUCCUCGCUCUCCUCGCCCCCGCCCUCGCGGCCGCCUCUGCCAUCCCCGCCUCAGUCCCAGCGCCCUCCAAGACCAUCAACGAGCGUGCCACCGAGAUCUGCGGCCAAUGGGACUCCAUCCAGACUGGCACCUACACGCUGUACCAGGACCUAUGGGGCAUGUCUGCUGCCACCUCUGGCAGCCAGUGCAGCACCUACGAGUCGCUGAGCGGGACCACCAUUGCCUGGUCCACCAAGUGGACGUGGCAGGGCGGACCCUACAAUGUUAAGAGCUACGCGAAUGUGGUUCUUAAGCAGGACACCGGGAAAAAGGUGUCUGCCAUUAAGUCGAUCCCAUCGAAGUGGACGUACACCUACACUGGCACUGGCAUGGUCGCCAACGUCGCCUACGACCUCUUCACGUCCAGCAGCGCCGGCGGAAACAGCGACGGCUCCAGCGACUAUGAGCUCAUGAUCUGGCUCGCGGCCCUCGGCGGCGCAGGCCCCAUCUCCGCCACCGGCUCUCCCAUCGCGUCGGUCACCGUUGCCGGCUACAAGUGGAACCUGUGGUACGGACUUAAUGGAAACAUGAAGGUGUACUCCUUCGUGGCGGCUAGCCAGAUUACCAGCUUCAGUGGUGAUCUCAAGGCGUUUUAUACGUACCUCGUGGCGAGCCAGGGCUUCAGCUCUAGCCAGUACGUUACUAGCAUUGGCGCUGGCACGGAGCCGUUCGUCGGCACCAACGCGGUCAUGAAGACUAGCGGGUACAGCGUUGCAUUGAACGUCUGAGGGGACACUGAGAUGGUAGUGCGGGCUGUGACCGUUGGCUGCUACCUCUCUGUGUAGCUGCUGGCUGUUUCGAUGGUAUAUAUUCUUUGCUUACAUUACAUAUUUGUUACCAAUGAAGUUUGUAUAUACAAUGCCAAAAGUAGGGCUG